GCAUUGUUAUUAAAUUCAAGAAAAUAGCCCCAUUGUUGAGUAAAGAAUUUGUUUUGGCUUUAGUGCAUCCACAUUAAUUACAACUUACACCUGCCCUACCACUGACAAGAUCGCCCGUUUUGUUGUGAUUGAAAGAAAAUUCUCCUAACUGUUUGCAAAGUAAUUAAGCUUUGUCCUUGAGUAGCAUAUUUUAUGAAUUUUUUAAAAAUAAUUAAGACAGUCUUGGAGAAAUUGGUGACAGACCAACCAAUUACGUCAUUAGUUGAUGAAGAAAAUUGUCAUCGAUAGUUUUCUUUAACCGCAGUGAAACAGUUGGGAGAAGUAAGAUUCUAAUCAUAAUGGAAAUGGGCUGUGAUAAUUAUGUGUUGCAGGUGAAUUUCAGACAUUAACAACUAGCCAUUGGUUCCUAAAGUAUUUGUUUUAGUCAGUUCGGUUAGAGUUUAUCGGAUAAUUGUUUUGUCAUCUCAACGUUGAAUAAAUCAUGCUUCAUUUAGAAUUCGCAUGAAAGCGGGGUAAGUAGAUUUAAGGUGUCCGCUUAAAAUCAUGGGCGAGAAAAUUCAGCAGUUAAAAUCGUGCAUUCUAGACUUAAGGAAUAAAAUCGAGGUUGCAGAAGAGAAAAUUCGUAGGGCGACGAAAGCUUUGGGAAUAAAACAACAGAGAUGCGAAAUGUUAUGGGAAGACGCUGCAUAUAAACGCCGUAAGCUUGCAAUCAAGAAAGAAAUGUUGAAGAAGACUUAUGAAGAUCUGGAGGCCAAACAUUCAAAACUGGAACAAGUGGACGAAUUACUCCACACAAGCACCAUGGUUAUUAACGAGCUUAAAGACCUGGAGACGCACAACACUCAAAAAGGUUUUGCACUAGAAGUUUUGUUAAAGAAAACACGAGCGAAAGCUAAGGAACUUGAAAACAAAGCAAGCGACCUUAAGACACAAGCUAAAUUUUAUAACCGGGAGAUUAAGGCAGCAAAUUUCAUUGAAAUGAGAGCGCAGAGGAAAUGCAGCGAUUUGGAAAGCAAGCUUGCUGCAAAGAGGGAUCUUUUGGAACGACUGCGUGUGAAGCGCGAGAGAUUUCACGAACAAGAAAAAGAUUGCAUCGAUCAAGUACAAGCGCUGGGCGAGAAAAUCAAAGAGAGUACUAUACGAGCUGAGGCUGCAGAGAGAAGGUUGUAUUUGCUUGAGAAUAAACUUUCAAAUCUGCUACAAGAGCUUUACAAGCAAACAGGGGAGGCGAGGAAAAUGUUCGUGCUGAAAAACGAACUAGAAGACCUCUCCCUUGAAUAUUAAAUUCAAGGAAA